CUUCAACAAUCCUCAGCUGUCCCAAGCCUCAUCUACAUUCCUUUGCUUUCCCACCAAACACGACCCCUUUAGUGCCCCGACAUGCCAAAUCUUGGGCUCUUUCAUUGAAAAGUCGGCCAUGAUCUGAUAUUCUGCACAAUGAGUGAAACAUAUCCGACCAUCACGCAGUGCGCGAUUCUUGCGACCGCAUUCAAGAUCCUGCUCUUCCCAGCAUACAAGUCCACCGAUUUUGAGGUUCAUCGGAAUUGGCUUGCUAUUACUCACAGCCUGCCCCUGUGGGAGUGGUACUACGAAAAGACCUCAGAAUGGACUCUUGACUACCCACCCUUCUUCGCUUACUUCGAAUGGGCUCUCUCCCAAGUCGCUAAGCUGGUCGACCCGGCCAUGCUUCGCAUAUACAAUCUCGAAUAUGACAGCUGGCAGACGCGCUACUUCCAACGCUUCUCGGUUAUCACCACCGAGCUUGUGCUGAUAUAUGCACUUCAGACGUACGUUGACUCGACUCAUGGAGUGGCCAAGAAGGCUGCCCAAGCAGCGGCACUUUCCAUCUUUCUGUCACCCGGUCUUCUCAUCAUCGAUCACAUACACUUCCAGUAUAAUGGUUGCAUGUACGGACUCUUGAUCGCAUCCUUGAUUUUGGCACGACAGAAGUCCGGCCUUCUAGCCAGCGGGCUCGUAUUUGCGGUACUGCUAUGUAUGAAGCAUAUAUAUGCCUAUCUUGCGCCGGCAUACGUCGUCUUCCUCUUGAGAACCUAUUGCCUAUCGCCAAAAUCCGUCCUUCGCAUACAGUUCUUCAACUGUGCGAAGCUUGGUGCCGGUAUCUUGGCAAUCCUGGGUGCCGCAUUCGGCCCCUUCGCGGUCAAGGGUCAGAUUCCUCAGAUUCUCAGCCGGUUGUUCCCAUUCUCUCGAGGUCUAUGUCACGCAUAUUGGGCGCCGAAUGUGUGGGCAAUGUACUCCUUCAUGGAUCGGGUCUUGAUCUUCGUGGCUCCACGACUUGGGCUGCCUGUGAAGGAGGAGGCACUAAAUAGUGUCACUCGAGGUCUUGUUGGGGACUCCGCCUUCGCCGUCCUCCCGGAGAUCACGCCGAGGAUAUGCUUCGGCCUCACCCUUCUCUUUCAGGUCAUCCCUCUAGUGAGAUUGUUCUUCAAGCCCAGCUGGGAUGCUUUCAUCGGAGCAGUGACGCUCUGCGGCUACGCUUCGUUUCUGUUUGGGUGGCAUGUUCAUGAGAAGGCAAUUCUGCUCGUUAUCAUUCCGUUCAGUCUGGUUGCACUUAAGGAUCGCCGCCAUCUCAGUGCAUUCCGCCCCUUGGCGGUUUCUGGUCACGUCUCAUUAUUUCCGCUGCUCUUCACCCCCGCCGAGUUUCCCAUCAAGACUGUAUACACCAUUUUCUGGUUGAUACUAUUCCUCAUAGUCUUCGAUCGCCUGGCACCAGCGUCGAAUCGGCAGCGGCUAUUCCUCUUCGACCGCUUCAGCAUUAUUUAUAUAGGAGUCAGUAUACCGCUAAUCCUAUACUGCUCGCUUAUACACCAGAUGGUAUUUGGGAAGAGCUAUGAAUUCCUGCCUCUGAUGUUUAUAAGUUCCUACUCGGCAAUCGGGGUUGUGAGUAGUUGGGUGGGCUACUUGGUGGUCUACUUCUUUCCGUAGUCGCUAACGAGAGACACGCUCUGUACAUACGAUUAUACCCAAUGCAAUGGAGUCUUACCACUGCAUUUACAUGUUGUGAGAUGAUGGAGUGUCCGCAUGCCGCUCGGGAGACCAGAUCGGGUCUGUUGCGCGCAAUAUCUCGCAAGCCAGUUAGUGUUAGCUUGCCUUGGCAAGUCCACAGACAAAACUCAGUAGGGUGUGCGGCGCUAUAGCACGUAUAAGUCGAUUGGCCAUUGAUACGUCCAGUUGGAGAUGUCUUGUUUGUAUGUUUAAGUACUGGCCGCAAAGAGCAUACACG